AUGUCGUUCCAGGCCAUGGCCAACCUUGCAACCGUCCUCCUGGCGUUGCCGGUAGCCCUCUUCCCAGCCGUUGCCCAAGCCGAGGCACUCGCGGCACUCGGUUGCAGAGCGCACACGUGGGACACCCCUGCGAGACCCCGCGAAGGUCCGACAAUCCCAGACGCCGUCUACUUCCAGGCCGUCAACAUGACGGACUUUGCCGCGGAGCUGAAGGCGGCAGGCUGGAGUCAGCUGGCGCUGGGCUCUACCAACUUCAUCUACGACCACGCCUCGGGCGCUUUCGACGAGAAGGCGCCGAGCAUUUUCUGGUCGACGCCCGGCAAGCCCUUGCAAGGGAUGCCGCACCAGAACCAAAAGUUCUGCAGGUACGAGUGGAACCAGAACUGGGUGUCGUUCCGGCGCAAGGACGCCAUGGCGCAGAUCGACCGGUUCUGCGGGUCCGGGAGCCCGCUAUACGGCAAGGCCAUCAAGGGCCCGCUGACGGCGGUGCUGCGGAUCCCGACGCCGCCGCAGGACACCAAGUACCACGACGACCGCGCGCACCCGAUCGACAUGGGCUGGUACUGGCUCGAGUGGGUGCUGUACGUGGAGGACGGGUGCGAGUGGAUGCACGACGAGGCCGACUGCCUCAGCUACAUGCAUGGCGCGCUCGACGGCUGCGGCUGCGACGACGCCUCGGAGAAAUGGGGCGGCGCCGUCGUCAAUCGCUGCUACGGGUUCGGGCUCUGGAUGGGUCCGAGCUUCUUCGACCUCCAUGCUUGUCCUGAGCAGGUAAGGGGGGCGGAGACUUGGGCACUUGAAGAUUGCACCAGGACGUGGGCCGGCUAG